AUGGGUAUGUGGCUCUGUCUGUUCGCCAUUUUGCCAAUUCUGGUUGACGGGAAGGCGCUGGCCACAACCGACACAAAGGAUAAUACGUGUUCUUUCGAGACGGAGAAUUACUCGUUAUCAUGGACAUACGAUGAUCCCAGCUCGGAUAUGGUCUUUAAGAUAGUGGCUCGAUCCAAAAUGAAGAACUUCUGGGCCGGCUUCUUCAUGGGAGACGAUCAACCGGAAGAUUCAAUCGGAGCUUUCGUUCGAAACGGACAGAUUGGUUUAAUGGAUGCUCACACGAAUGGAAGCGAUAUACAUUUGGAUAAUAUCACAAACGUUCAAGCUCUUCUAUUUGAUCUACAAGAUGAUACUUUGACGGCAGAAUUCGCUCGGCCAAUCUCCUCAAACGAUCCCACAGACGCUGAUCUCACCGAAUGCAUAACGUUGUUCUUCCCAAAUGAAGUGUUGGAGAUGGAUUCAGAUGGUGAAUUGCCUGUACCGAAUGAGCUACACCGAAAACGUAUAUGUGAUCUUCCGACAAAAUGCAGCAACAGAGAUCGAUCCUCAGGUCUAGUGAAACGAUCCGACGCAUCUGUCUGUGAGCACACACAAGGGAAGAGUACCGUAAGAUGGAAGACGGUCGGUAAUGAUGUGAUGUUCUCGAUUGGACAAAGUGUCGAAGCCGGGAAGUGGUGGUCAUCGGUUGGAAUAGGACCAGGCAUGCUCAAUCUGACGAUGGCGAUCGCAUUUCUAGAAGAUGGCAUGCUUAGAUCCUUGGGAGGAUAUCGGACUCAAGGUUACGGUAUGCCUAGACGUGAUCUCAGUGUGACGCCCAGACUAAACGAAAUGGGCACGAAGGUCAGCAAUGAGAGGUCGUUCGUGCAAUUUUCUCUUCCUAUGGAAAUAUUCAACGAGAACAUGGACGAUAGCGGUUGCGUAACUCUCCAAAUUGCUACAUUGGCUGGCGAAUGGUUUGGCGAUUAUACAAUCAGGAAGCACGACAAAACUCCCGAAGCCGUUCUUGUGUGUGGAAUCGAUCAGUGCCGGGACUCCCCUACUGUAGGAAAUCAGCAAUCCCAACCAACAACUGUUCAACAACCAAAUCUUGAGCUAACGCAAAGACCAGAAAGUUCUGGAGAGGAGGAAUCAAGACAGAAAAAUGUGGAUGAGCAGCAUAAUGUUGCACUUAAUAAAGAAGAAUCAGAAGGAUCUACUGGGGAAGAUGUUAAAGAGGAUAUUAACGAACGUGGACCUGUUGUCUCAAGGCUACUGAACGAGGUUGAUUCGAGUGGAACUGAGCCGGCCAACGAGACAUCGGUUUUCGCUUCUGCGGGACGUGCUGUUGACGCUCUUCCUGAAGGAUCCGGAAGCGAAGCAAGUGCCGAAGGGGAGAUCUCAAAGGUUAUAGCUUCACAAGAUGACGAAAUCCUCACUACCGUACCAAAUUCCGUUGCUGGAGAAGAUGCUCGCAACACCGAUGGAGAGUCUGUUCCAAAGAUGGGAACAGUCGAUGGUGAGGCAGCUCGGGGAACUUCACCCUCUCCAGAAUUGCUGGCGUCACAAACGGGAAAUUCUGGUUUACCGGCCGAGAGUGGACAAAUUAGUAACUUCCCAGUGACGACACCAUUGCCUUCUGCUGCUGAAGCCGUUCGCGUUCCUUCACAAAACCAGGGUGCCUCAGGAAUUGCUCAUCCAUCUAUUUCCUCUGUUUCAAAUCCUGUUGAUGAAAUGCAAACAACACCAACCACACUAUCAAAUGUAACAAUAACGAUGGGAAGACCGUUAGUACUGUCUAAAACAGUAUCACCUGCUGUGGCGAACAUAUUGAGAGAUGGGUGCUCAGAUGGUCACACGGAUCUGCGAGUAUGUGAGAGUUAUUUCGCUGAUUACCUUGGGAAGGUUAAGGAAUGGGCUGACAGACAUAACCAAGUCUUCGGUCAACAGAUGUGGAAGGCAUGUAAGCUACUGUCGGAAGUGAAACACGUUCCAACGAUGUGUUGCGAGAAGUUCCGUUCAACAUGUGUCGGACACCUACAAACGAACAAUUGA